GACACUACGCAGUAAGGGACCACGUGAUCCACACGUAGUGUUUGUACACUGACAGGUAAAAUGUGGUCUUCAACGUCGACUCCUGUGAAAUAAACAGCGGGGUUGAAUCAUAAACUGCGAAGCAGCACCUAGUUUCGUCCCUGCGUCUCGUGGCACGUUGCCAUGGAGGCAGCCAGUCUGGAGAACCUGCGCGUGCUGUACCAGAGCAAUGACUUCAUUGUGGUGAACAAACACUGGGACAUCCGCAUCGACAGCAAGAUGUGGUACGAGAAGCAGACGGUGCAGAGCCAGCUGCGGCAUCGCUUCCCGGAACUGGCGGACCCUGAAACAUACUACGGCUUCAGAUUCUGCCACCAGCUGGACUUCUCCACCAGCGGGGCCCUGUGUGUGGCGCUGAACCGGGCAGCAGCAGGCCAGGCCUACCGCUGCUUUAAGGACCGGCUGGUCACCAAGGCCUAUCUCGCGCUGGUGCGCGGCAUUCUAGAGCGCAAGAGGACGACACUGGACUUCGCCAUCGGGAAGAACACCUCCGAGGGCAGGACUCACAUGAUGUGCGUCGAGGGAACCGAGGGAUGCGAGAACCCCAAGCCGUGCCAGACGGUACUCACCGUGCUGGAGUACGGAUCCUACGACGGCGAUCCUGUGACCAAAGUCCUGCUGCAGCCACUGACAGGUCGGACUCAUCAGCUGCGAGUUCACUGCAGCGCUAUUGGGCAUCCUAUCGUGGGGGACUUCACCUAUAGCCUACGGACGGACAGCGCCCCCUACCGCAUGAUGCUGCAUGCUUACCUGCUGGACGUCCCGCUGGAGGGCGAGCCUAUCCAUGUCACGGCUCCUGACCCCUUCCUGCCCACGCUCGACACCAAAUGGGUACCGCAGCACUUGGUCCAGUCACUGGAGGGCGCCCUGGAGAGCCUGCUUGAGAGCAGAGGGGACCAGUGCGACCGGGAGAACGAUUUGAAGACCAUGGGAGAGCCGCCGGGGAAGGACGUCAGCAGGGCCUCGCCUUUGGAGACGGAGGAACAGAGCGUUCAGUGCCAGCAGUGGCUAUGCGAGUGGGCCCUGGACUGAGGAAGCGGGGAGAGAGAGACACACACACACACACACACACACUUAGAUAACACAAGGCCAGGUCUCAGGUAACAAUAUCUCUAGCAGGUUUGGAGGUAGAUGACGAUGGCACAACAUGUACGAGCCUUUCCGCUUAACCACUAAAGAAACAUAUUCCUACUGUAUUCCAGUGAUAUGAGUGUAAUGAUUGAAAAGGACACUGUACAGCAAAAGUUGUUUUAUUUUUUUAUAUUUUAGGCUUUUAAGCUAGAGACAGAUGGUCUGCCUAGUCUUAGUCUGAGCAUUUCCUGCUUCACCUAGAAGCAUUUGCAGUGUUUAUAUUCAGAGAGGCGGGCGGCCUGGCUUCAGCUGAACUUUGCAGUGCCCCAUCAGGCCGGGGGUCGGCUCUUUUCAAGCUGUAAAGGCUCAGAGUGUCGCCCCCCCCCCCUCCCUGUGUGAGCUGCUGAUGACACAGGCCUUGCAGAUGGCAGUUGACUUUGCUGGCAGCUCUACUUUAGGUUACUGACCAAAACAGACUGUUCUUCAUAGUGGAAAUAGAUCCACUGAACCGCCAUGUUGGAUCAGACCGUUCCAACACCGGAGACACCUUUGCAUGCCCUUUCGUAUGUGACCCCUCCCCCAAAUCAAGGUCAUGCACGAAUACGCCUCAUUGUUCUGCCCACCCAGUGUCUGCGAUAUCACACCUCUGUCCUUUUAGCCAGUGUUUUAGGUGAAGUGUUUUAAUGUUUUUAAAUUGAUUUGUACAUGUGAAGUAUCUCACUGCGGUAUUUGUAUGUACCCAACUGUAUUUUAAAUCUGAAAAAUAAAGCUCUGCAUCAAUGUCA